CACCCACAUACUGUGCUCUGCUAUAGAAAGAUCUGCCAAACAACAAACAGAAACUGGCAAGCAAGACAAGGGAAUGAGCCAUGUUUACACUGGUACUAUUCUCAGGUUUCUUUGCCCUCACAUUGUGUGACCUUCAGUAUGUGUUUGUGAAUCAAUCCAAGACCUGGGCAGAAGCUCAGAGAUACUGUAGAGAUAAAUACACUGAUCUGGCCACUAUUGAAAAUAAACAACAGACAAUCCAGUUAUUGGACACAGUGAAUGAUGAUUCCAUUGAUUUAGCCUGGAUUGGACUCUACGAUGAUCUGAACAGCUGGAAAUGGACUCUGGAGGACAGUGAUUUCUUCAAGGCAGGAGAGAAAGACUUCAGGAACUGGUAUAAUCCAGAUCCAUACAAUUAUGGGGCACAAAGCCUCUGUGUGUAUGUGUACAAUGGGAUAUGGUAUCCAGCGAGUUGCUUUAAUACAUUGUAUACUACUGUCUGUUAUGAUGGAAGAGAAAAUGCCAGUGCUACUUAUGUUGUUAUUUAUCAGCAUAAAAACUGGACUGAAGCUCAGAGUUACUGCAGAGAACAUCACACAGACCUCAUCAGUAUCAGGAAUGAAACUGAAAGCCAGAAGUUCGAGUAUUUUAUAAAAAGUUUUUCUUAUUAUGCUGUUUGGAUUGGUCUGUACAAAACAAGAUCUUGGUCAGAUCAGAGCAACUCUUCAUUUAGUUACUGGAGCUCAGGGCAACCAAAUAUAGCAGGAUCCUGCACCGUGGUCUCAUUUAGUGACUCUUGGAAAUGGGCUGAUGAAAAUUGCAAUUAUGCAUUUCCUUUUAUUUGCUACAGUGCAGGAUUGGGAUCAUCUCGUCAGUAUUACUUCAUGAAUCAGUUUUUGAGCUGGAAUGAAGCUCAGAGAUUCUGCAGACAGAAUUACACUGAUCUGGCCACCAUUGAUAACAUGGAGGAAAUGAACAGGCUGAUUAACACAGUCAAUGGCAGUUACAGUGGUUCAGCCUGGAUUGGUCAGUAUGAUGAUGUGAACAGCUGGAGAUGGUCACUGGAAGACAAUGAUUUCUAUCAGGAGGGAGAAAGAGAUUACAGGAACUGGUAUCAUGAACCUGACAACACUGGUGGAAAAGAACUGUGUGUUUACAUGAAUUCUAAUGGAAAAUGGUAUGACACAUCAUGUGAUUACACACAGAAAUUUGUUUGCUAUGAUGGUAGAGAGAACGCUUCACAGAGAUACAUCACAAUUUAUGAUUAUAAAACCUGGACUGAGGCUCGUAGAUACUGCAGAGAUUAUUACACAGAUCUAGUGAAUGUGAGAAAUCUGACUGAAAACCAGAAGAUUCUUGAAAGAACAGGUGGAGGAGUCUGGAUCGGACUGUACAGAAAUAGGAUUUGGUCAAACAAUCAGAAUAGCACUUAUCAAAACUGGAGGCCACAGAUUUCUGGAUCACAGGCACAACCAGACAAUGGUGUUAAUCAAGGUAUCGAAUAUGGAUAUCAACAUUGCACUGCAGUAUCAUUCAGAUAUUCAGGACAAUGGACAGAUGAGGUCUGUGUAUCCAGCAUGCCUUUCAUCUGCUACAGCAGAAUCUGCACACAAUAUUCAUGCACUCGUCAGUAUCACUUUGUAUCUGAGUCUAAAUCCUGGACUGAAGCUCAGAGAUUCUGCAGACAGAAUUACACUGAUCUGGCCACCAUUGAUAACAUGGAGGAAAUGAAGAGGCUCAUUAAAACAGUUCGUGGGACUUACUAUGGCAAAGCUUGGAUUGGACUGUAUGAUGAUCUGAACAGCUGGAGAUGGUCACUGAAUAAUACAACUUUACAGGGAGGAUUUAAAAGCUGGUUUGUCCAGAAACCAGUUAACUCAGGCGGAAAGAGUCUGUGUGUGUACAUGUCAAAUAGCCAGGGUAUAUGGAGUGAAGCCCCUUGCUCAUGGACACUUCCCUUUAUUUGCUAUGAUGGAACAGUGAAUGCUACUACAAGUUAUGUGUAUGUUUACCAGUUUAAAAACUGGACUGAAGCUCAGAGUUACUGCAGAGAACAUCACACAGACCUUGUCAGUAUCAGGAAUGAGAUUGAGAACUACAGGGUUCUGGCAUUAACUUCAAAUUAUUAUUAUACUUCUUGGAUUGGACUGUACAGAAGCAGGUCUUGGUCAGAUCAGAGCAACUCUUCAUUCAGUAACUGGAGGUCAGGACAGCCAGAUAAUGCUGGAAACAGUGAAUACUGCACUGCAGUGUCAUUCAGUGACUCUGGUAACUGGACAGAUGAAAACUGCAAUACUGCCUUUCCUUUCAUUUGUUACAGUGUAUUGGGAUCAUCCCGUCAGUAUUACUUUGUGAAUCAGUCUUUGAGCUGGACUCAAGCUCAGAGAUUCUGCAGACAGAGUUACACUGAUCUGGCCACCAUUGAUAACAUGGAGGAAAUGAACAGGCUGAUUAACACAGUCAAUGGCAGUUACAGUGGUUCAGCCUGGAUUGGUCAGUAUGAUGAUGUGAACAGCUGGAGAUGGUCACUGGAAGACAAUGAUUUCUAUCAGGAAGGAGAAAGAGAUUACAGGAACUUUUAUCAUGAACCUGACAACAAUUAUGGGAAUGAAUUGUGUGUUUACAUGAGUACUGAUGGAAACUGGCAUGACACAUCAUGUGAGAGGUAUUACACACCUGUAUGCUAUGACGGUAGAGAAAAUGCCACUCAGAAGUAUAUUGUGGUAAACACAGGUAUGCCGUGGACUUCAGCUCAGAGCUACUGUAGAGCGACAUACACAGACCUGGCCAGUGUGAGGAAUGAGACAGAGUGGCAACAAAUACUGAGCAUUACACGUUAUAGCUAUUAUGGCUAUUAUUCUGGAUAUAACAUGUGGAUUGGUUUGUACAGAAACAGACUGUGGUCAGAUCAGAGCAGCUCUUCCUUCACAUAUUGGCUGCCACAGAUUCAAGGUGAUGUUGCACAACCAGAUAAUGGUGUAAAUGUCCCAGGAGAACAGGGAGCUCAACACUGUACAACUGUGUCUUUAAAAUACUUUGCUCAGUGGACAGAUGAGAGAUGUUUUGCCACUUUGCCAUUCUUCUGUUACAGCGAUGUGUACGUGAUGGGAAUGCGAGUGGAAGUUACAAGUCUGGAUAAUUUGUCAAAGGCAAAGAUUGAGCAAGAGGUGAUUAUACAGUUACAAGAGGAGCUGAUGAAGCUUGGAGUUCCCAGCAAUGUCACCAUGCAUCUGAGAAACUAUUAUAAGACCAAACCCUGAUGAAGGACGACAGCGCUUUACUGUUUCCACAUUUUAGAGUUUUAGACUCAGUUCACUUGCAUAUAAUAUAACUGUAUUCACUUCACUUUUAUAAAUGAAUUAGCUUAAUCAUCAUAAUAAUCUUAUCUUAAAAAUACCCAUAAUUAACAGGUUCUGUAUUUAGUGAGUCAGUUCUUUUGCCAUUUAUUUACAGUUAUCAGUUGCAUUAUGGGACUUUUAUCUCUGCUUUGUCAACUUUUGGUGUUGAAAAAUCAACUCUACUGUAGAACAAAGUGAUUUUAAUUGGCAUUUUAGUAGUCUGAAAAUAUGUAACAUAAAUCAAAUAUUAUAUAGACUAUAUUAAGUUUAUAUCAAUAUUAUAAAGAGUACUGGCAGUGAAUUGCUAGGUUUAUUUGUACAUAAUUUACAACAACAACAUAGGAAAUAUACCACUUUAAACUAUUAAAAAUGAUAAUAAAAGACAAUUUUUCCAACUGUUCAACAUCAAAAUUUGAAAAAUGCUAUUUGAAUGCAUAAAUUAAUUAGGAAAAAAUAUAUAAAUCAUAAAAUAUGGAUCACCCUUAAUUUGCAGACUUUUUUACAAUGUAUCUUUUUCUUAUAAUAAAAUAUAUCAUUCUAAUUAUCGCUUUAAAGGACUAAUAAGUAAAGUGUUUCAUAUCAAAAUUGAUUGAGCUUGAAUUUAAUGAUUGGGUUUAUGGAUGAUAUAUAGUUUGAUCAAUAGCUGGUAAUGGGAAGGUAUGUAAGAUGAAACAAUAUUUACGAUAAAUCGGUAUCAUGAUGGCAUUUAUAUAUUGGUAUAUAUAUUGGUGCUUGUUUUGAAAUUGUUUUGUUUUUAAUAUACAGAGGGAAAACUUAUGUGUGUAAAAUAAAUUGAAAUAAACUGUAAAGUUUUAAAA